AGGAGCACACCGGUUUGACUUCACCGAUCCAUAAAACGUUAUUGGAAGGAUAAUUGAGGAGAACGAGUCAGCACGCCUCAAUUAGGCUGAAAAAUUUAGGAAAUAGUUAUUUACCUGGAGGACAAUUAGCAAGGACUUUGGAUUGUGUGCAAUUGCAGGUUAGCCUAUUCAGACACAACAAUGGCUGUGAAAUAUCAGUUGUUGGAGUCAAUUAAUAUUUUUGGAACCAAUGGUCAAUAUGAAAUAGUCAUUGCAACGUUUAUUGGUUUGUGGGUGAUUUGGUUGUUCUCGAGAUCACGAAAAAAUAAACGAGUUGAAGUGAGCGAUGAAGAAGUGGAGAGGAAACUUGCGGAGUGGCGUCCACAGAGUUUGGUGCCUGAGGUGGAUCCAAAUCAUCCCUUUCUGUCACCAAGAUGCGUGUCCUCGAAGAUUGGAAAGAGAAUAACGGUUGAUGGACAGGAUUGCUUGAAUCUGGCGACUCACAAUUACUUGGGAUUUUUGGGAGACGGGAGGAUCGAAGAAAAAGCUACUUUAGCGACGAGGAAGUACGGCGUUGGGUCCUGCGGUCCAAGGGGCUUCUAUGGCACCGUUGAUGUUCAUUUAGAUCUUGAAGAACGUCUCGCCCAGUUCAUGGACGCUGAGGAAGCCAUCGUUUAUUCCUAUGGAUUCAGCACUGUGGCUUCGGCUAUCCCUGCGUACUGCAAACGUCGAGACAUCAUCUUCACUGAUGAAAAAGUCAAUUUCGCUGUACAGAAAGGCCUCGAUGCGUCUAGAUCAACUGUCAGGUACUUCAAGCACAAUGAUUUCGAGGACUUGGAACGCUUGUUGAUUGAGCAGACAAAUAUUGACAAGAAAAAUCCAACAAAAGCUGCGAAAAUUCGCAAGUUUCUUGUGGUCGAGGGAAUUUACAUGAACACUGGACUCAUUUGCCCACUGCCAGAGCUUGUUGCUCUCUGCAGAAAAUACAAACUUCGAAUAUUUAUUGAUGAAUCCAUUUCGUUUGGAACUCUUGGUCGCACUGGUAAAGGAGUUACUGAGCAUUUUGGAGUUCCCAGACAUGAAAUCGAUAUGAUCAUGGGUUCCCUGGAGUGGGCAAUCUCUUCAAUUGGUGGCUUUUGUGUUGGAUCCUCUUUCGUUAUUGAGCAUCAAAGGUUAUCAGGACUUGGUUACUGCUUCUCAGCCUCCCUUCCACCUCUUCUGACAACAGCCGCAAUUAUCGCCAUCGACAUCAUGGAACAAGAAGCGGAUGAUCUCUUUGGAACACUUGCAAACAAUUGUGUGCAUCUCCACACUCUUCUCAGUAAAUUACAGCACUUCGAGCUUUCUGCCCUACCCGAGUCUCCGCUGAAACAUCUAUUUUUAAGGAAGAAGCAGAGUCACGAUGAGGAGUGUCUACAAUUGAAGAAUAUAUCUGACAAGUGCAUCGAGAAUAAUUUAGCUAUUAUAACACCUGUUUAUCUCCCUCUCGAGAGACAGUUGCCACGUCCUAGCUUGAGAAUAUGUGUAUCAAAAGCUCUUGACGAGAAAGACCUUCAUUUUGCUUUCGAAACAUUGGAGAAAUGCUCGAAUGAGGUUCUUAACCUGCAUCCCUAGAUAUUUGCUCACUCUAGGAAAAUAACCAGACAUUUCUAUCAUUUUUUAUUUAUGACGCAGAGCCAUUAUAUUUAGUAUUCGCCCAUCGGCACGAACAAUUCCAAGUUGUUCUCUUUCCAAUUAGCCGUUAAGUUAUAGUGGACAAUAAAUGAUUUUGAAUUAUA